AAAAAAAUAAAAUAGAAAAAGGCACAGCAAUCAAUCAAAGACAUAGAGAUAGUGGAAUAUAAACUCCUUUACUCUCUUAUGUAAUGUUUUAGUUUAGUCCUCUACGUUUUGUUAAUGCGCAGUGCCUCUCAUCACUGGAACUUAAUGGCUUCUUCUUCUUCUUCUUCUUCCACUACUCCUAAACUAAAGUACAAAGUUUUUCUUAGUUUCCGAGGUGAGGAGACCCGGGAAAACUUUACAAGCCAUCUGUAUGGAGCCUUCAACCGGGAAAACAUUAAUACUUUCAUUGAUGAUAAACUUAACAGAGGAGAAGAAAUUUCUCCAGCUCUUUUGAGUGCAAUUGAACAGUCAAAGAUCUCGGUUAUCAUUUUCUCUAAAGGGUACGGCUCUUCAAGAUGGUGUCUCAAAGAACUUGAAAAGAUUAUUGAAUGCAAGAAAAAGUAUGGUCAGAUUGUAAUUCCGGUCUUUUAUCACGUAGAUCCAUCAGAAGUAAGGAAACAAACUGGGGAUUUUGGGAAAGCAUUUUCUCAGCUUGAAGAGCGUUUUAAGGUUGAUGAUCCAGAGAUGUUGCAGAGAUGGAAGAGUGCUUUGACGGACACAGGCAACAUAUCUGGCUUUGAUUCAAAUAACACUAGGAACGAGUCACAACUUGUACAGGAUAUUGUCAACAAUAUUUUGAAGCUAUUGGAUGAGGAGUACUCGGUAAUUGACAAGAAGAACCUAGUUGGACUAGAUUCAACAGUCAAGCAGAUUGAAAAUUUAUUAUGUACCGUCGGUGUUUGCAAACUAGGAAUUUGGGGCAUUGGGGGUAUAGGUAAAACAACUCUUGCUGAUGCUGUAUUCAGAAAAAUCUCUAAACAGUUUGAAGCUGCUUACUUCAUUCGAAAUAUUAGAGAAGAAUCGGAGAAAAGCGGGGGACUAACUGACUUGCGCCAAAGACUUAGCUCUAGAGUUUUAGGGGAUAAACAUUCCAAUAGUGGGUUCACCUUGGAAAGAAAAAGGCUUGGUCGUGUUCUUAUUGUGUUUGAUGAUGUAACAAAAUUAGAACAAAUGGAAUGUUUGAUGGACGAAUUUGUCUGCUCGGACUCUGAAAGUCGAAUAAUCAUAACGGCAAGGGAUGAACGAGUACUAAAAGAAUGUGAUCACAUACAUGAGAUGAAAGGAUUAUUUGGUGAUAACGCUUUUCAGCUCUUUAACCGAUAUGCUUUUCGAGGAAACAGUCCAACAGAAGAUUAUAUUGAGCUAUCAUCCAGGGCAAUAGCAUAUGCUAAAGGUGUUCCUCUUGCUCUUAAAGUUUUAGGUUCCUCUCUAUUUGAGAGGACAAAAGAAGAUUGGAAAAUUAUUCUGGAAGAUUUGAAAAGAAUUCCUCAUAUGGAUAUCCAUAAUGUAUUAAAAGUAAGUUAUGAUGGGCUAGAUAAUAAACUAAAGCAAGUAUUUUUAGAUAUUGCUUGUUUCUUUAAAGGGUGUGAAAGAGAGCUUAUAGAAGAAGUCUUGGAUGCCCGUAGCAUUUAUAUAGAUGUUCUUAUUGAAAGGUCUCUCAUAACUACCUCAUCCAACAUCGUAACAACCUCAAUCAACAUCAGAACUACAUCGUCGAACAUCAUGACAACUUCACCCAACAUCAUAACAACCUCAUCCAACAUCAUAACAAUGCAUGAUUUACUUCAAGAAAUGGGUAGAGAAAUUGUUCGUGAAGAAUCAGCUGAUAAUCCUGCUGAACGUAGUAGGCUAUGGGAUUAUGAGGAAAUCUGCUCAGUAUUGAAAAAAAAUAAGGCGAAAGGAGCUAUUCGAAGCAUAAGCUUGGAUAUGUCUAAAGCAAAAGAGAUACGUUUACAACCUAAAGCUUUCAACAAGAUGCAUAACCUAAUGUUCUUGGAAGCCUACGGCUUCACCCGUGGGAACAAGGUACAGGGUUUUGAAGAGCUUCAAUCUGAUUUCUCUGAGCUAAGGUAUCUUUGUUGGUAUAAUUAUUCUGCCGAAUCAUUGCCCCGAGAUUUUGAUCCAGAGAACCUUGUUGCACUCUACAUGAUGAUAGCAAAGUUAAACGACUUUGGACUGGUAAAAAGGUAUCUAUUUAAACUUAAUAAAUUGAAGCAUAUUGACCUCAGUCACUCCAACCAUCUACUCCAAAUACCAAAUCUCUCAUUAAUUCCAAAUCUCAAAAGCUUGAUUCUACAAGGUUGUACAAAUUUGUAUGAGGAUUUCUCAUCUAUCCGUGAUCUCAAUAAGCUUGUCCUCUUGAAUCUACGAGAAUGUAAAAGAUUUGAAAGUCUUGCAAUCAACCCUGGUUGUAAAUCUCUUCGAACACUUAUUCUCUCCAAGUGUUCAGAUCUCGAAACAGUUCCAUAUAUCCCCCAUUCGGUAGAAGAGUUAUAUUUAGAUGGAACUGCAAUAAAAGAAUUGUCGUCAUUAAAGCAUCUUUCCAGCUUAAAAAUAUUGAGUCUUGAAAAUUGUUCAAAGCUGGAGAGUCUCCCAGAGAGCAUUGGUGAAUCAGAAAAUCUUCGAAUAGUUAUUCUCUCCAAUUGUCCAAUGAUCAAAACAGUUCCAUGCAUCCCUAGUAGUGUAGAAGAAUUAUAUUUAGAUGGAACUGCAAUUGAAGAAUUGCCGCCAUUAGAGCAUCUGUCUGCACUGUUAAAAUUGAGUCUUAAAAAUUGUUUAAGACUAGAGAGUCUUCCAGAGAGUAUUUGUGAGAUUAAAUCUCUUCGAUGUCUUUAUCUUUCGGGUUCUUCAAAACUGUCAAGUUUGCCUAGUGGCCUGAAAAAUUUAGAAGCACUGGAGGAACUUGAAGUGGAGGGAAUUGGUAUAACAGAUAUACCGUCGUUGACUUUAGCAUGUUUGAACAACCUUAAGAAAUUAUCUUUUGUGAGAUGUGGGAUUCAGAAGCCACCGGUUUCCCUACUGUUACAGUUAGAGGACUGCCACAAACUGGAGCAGCUAAAUCUGAAAGACUGUUGUAUUGAAGUGUUACCCAAAAAUCUUGCCGGAUUACACUCACUGGAAUUUUUAUAUCUUGGCGGAAACAACUUUGAGAGUAUGCCAGAGAGUAUCAAAGAUCUCCCGAAGCUGUAUGAGCUUGAUUUAAGCAAUUGCCAGAGGCUGAAAUCCUUACCGCAACUUCCAGAUAAGCUACUACGUAUAGAAGCAAAGGGUUGCACAUCACUGGAAGCAAUAUCAGGUUUACCAACUCAAUGCCUAAGUAUGCGGACUCACAACGAGGAAAUUAGCUUCAUCAAUUGUUGCAAUCUGAAACUAGAUUUGACAGAUGCUCUGCCGAAUAUUGAGAGAAAUGCAGGUCUAUGGUUUAGCUCUGGAGAAAACACAACAUCGCUGUCAAGGGUUAACCUGCCAAAGGCAUAUAGCCUACCAAAGGCAUAUAGCCUGCCAAAGGCUUCUUUAUGUUACCCUGGAAGCGACAUUCCAGAUUGGUUUAACUUUAAAAGUCAGAAUGGUUAUAUAGAGCUUCCAUCAGAUUGGCUCAAUGAUGACUUAAUUGGUUUCGCUUUGUGCGCUGUUGCAUCGUUUCGAGACAAUGAAGAGGCUGAACCUCUGCAAGUUCGCUGUUUUCUGGUUGUUGGCGAGACGAUCGUUUCCUCUGGCUGUUUGUUUAAUGAUUAUGGACAUAAGGUUAUUGAAUCAGAUCAUGUGUUCUUAGGAUAUGAUUAUGAUAUCAUGGCCUUGGAAUUGCUUACUCUCAGCUCGAAUAGCAGGGGCUACAUGGAGUUCUAUGUUGGGCAUGGAAGUAAUAAUUGCGGAAGAAAAACCAAGUUGAAAAAUUGUGGAGUCAGAUUGUUGUACGCCAAAGACAAUUAUACGAGAACAGAUGGAGGAGUGGAAAGAGACCAGAGAUUUCCAUAUAUAAAUCGUUGCUUGAGGUGCCAUCUCUAUUGCUGCGUGGAACAUGAUGAAAUGGACGAAAAAAAACCAUAUGAAAUUUUAGAUAGCUGGUCCCCGUAUUCAGAAAUAUACAAGCCACCAAUAAGAAGGGAUUAUUCAAAUUAUAUCGGGUGCAAAGUGGUUGCACACCAUCUGCAUCGGAAGCGCAUGGACUGGGCUAGACCGGUGUGAAACUUGGAGGUUGGAAUCUUCUUAAGGAAGAGACUGGCUUGAUCUCGUUUGCACAUGCUAACGAUUUAGCUGGCAACUUGGCGCAUGAACAUCUCAAUGUUUUCUGGAUUUUCUUCCCUGGAAUCGAAUUAUGUUAGCGGACUACUGUGAGUGGACACAUGCUGUUUUGAUGUUUCUGGUGCUUCGUUUUCUGGACUGUGAAAGGAUGCUGAUUGCACUUUAAUAGUGUUGUAAGCCGACAUUAUGUCAAUGUUCUGUUUUGUUUCCUGAUGUUUCUGCCUUCUGAGGCUGCUUUAAUCUUUUACUUGCAUUAUCAGAUUUGUUUCCAAAUAGUUGGACUUCUUAUCACAAAUAUUUCCAGAUUUCUACAUAAUCUUUUACUACUGGAUCGUUUUUCUGUCGCACUUCAACAGAGUUACUAUCUGCUUUUGCUGAAGUUUGGUUUUCUGGCAGUGAGAUGAUGUUGAUUACUCUUUUCACUGUUGUAAACCGCUAUUACUGGUUCAUUCUGGUCUUCUUAUGAGAUGUUGUGUUUGGUUAUUCAAGGAUUUGAACAGCUGGUAUAAGCAAAGGACAUAUUAUUAUUAGUCUCUAUAGUAGUCAUAUCACGCCAUCAUUUCAAUAUGAUGACGUGAUGUCAAUUGGUGCUUCAGCCAAACAUCUCCAAAUGUCGUUAGAAGAAGAAUGAUUUAUUUUCAGUGCCGCAAG